GAUUCCAGAGUUGAUUGCUUCAUCGCAAGAAAUAUGGAAGGACAAAAUGAAGAUGUGAGGUUGGGAGCUAUUAAGUACAGGGAGAGGCAGCCUAUAGGAACUGCUGCUCAAAGCCAAGAUGGCAAGGACUACAAGGAACCACCUGCGGCUCCACUUUUUGAGCCUGGCGAGUUAUCCUCAUGGUCCUUUUACAGGGCUUGCAUAGCAGAAUUCGUGGCCACUUUCUUGUUUCUCUACAUCACAGUAUUAACUGUAAUGGGUGUUGUCAAAUCUUCAAGCAAGUGUUCUACUGUAGGGAUACAGGGCAUUGCUUAGGCUUUCGGUGGCAUGAUCUUUGCUCUUGUCUACUGCACUGCCGGCAUUUCAGGGGUCACAUUAACCCAGCAGUGACUUUCGGGCUUCUGUUAGCAAGGAAGUUGUCGCUGACUAGAGCUGUCUUUUACAUAAUAAUGCAAUGUCUUGGACUUGUAAUAUAUUGGGAACAGUUCUCUUUGAAAGUUCAGAAUUUACACUGUGACAGGCUUGGAGCACCUUGCCUAAGACAGCCGCGAGAGUCACCACGACUAGAGGAGAAUUUUUAUGCAAAUCCCCUUCCGGGUUGCAUAUGUAGCAGAUCCACGGAGCAGAAAAUUAGCAGCCUGAAACUAGACAAGAAUUUGAGUUCAGUUCAAGGAUAGUAUAUUGGUGGAUUAGCCAUUUGCAGGAUGGCUGAUUGGAAUUCUUGAAUUAAGGUGCUUUUCCCUUGCAUGGAGGACUUGAAGCAGCCACCUACAUGGCUGAAAUCUUAUGGUUUCAGAUUUCUUUCACGAUUCAAUGUCAGCUAAAUUAUGUAGUAGUACCAGUUUCAGUGUUGUUAGAGGACUCUACUUUCAACUUAUGUAAGUAGAGAAGAUGAAGUAUAGCUCUGAGACAUCUCAGGUUAGUUAUACGGGCACACACAAAUAUUUCAAAGUGGAAUCAAUGUAUUCG